UCGUUGGACCUCAGCUGCCCGGUUCGAGCGACGGUGAACCCGAGUUUCAAAGCAAUAUGCCUGAAAGCUCAAGUUCCCGGCGGGAUGCCGCUGAUGAAAUUGGAGGGGAAAGAGAGACAACAUGUGUAUCAAAAGAGAAUCGGAUUCGAUUCAGCUAUGGCGGCGACGGAGAUUAAGCUCUCAGAGAUGGGAGACCUGACGCGAAUCGAGAGAAUCGGGGCGCACUCUCACAUCAGGGGCCUAGGUCUCGACUCCUCCCUCGAAGCCCGCUCCUCCUCCGAGGGUAUGGUCGGCCAAAUCUCCGCCCGGAAAGCCGCCGGCGUGAUAGUCAAGAUGGUCCAAGACGGUAAGAUUGCGGGCCGGGCCGUGCUCCUCGCUGGCCAGCCUGGGACCGGGAAGACCGCAAUCGCCAUGGGCAUGGCCAAAUCCCUCGGCCAGGAAACCCCCUUCGCGAUGCUCGCAGGGAGCGAGCUGUUCUCCCUGGAAAUGUCGAAGACGGAGGCGCUGAUGCAGGCGUUCCGGAAGGCGAUCGGCGUUCGCAUCAAGGAGGAGGCGGAGGUGAUCGAGGGGGAGGUUGUGGAGAUCCAGAUUGACCGUCCGGCGGCGGCCGGGGCGGCGGCCAAGACGGGAAAGCUGACGAUGAAGACCACGGAGCUGGAGGCGGUGUACGAUUUGGGGGCGAAGAUGAUAGAGGCGUUGGGGAAGGAGAAAGUGCAGAGUGGGGAUGUAAUCGCCAUUGACAAGGCGUCCGGGAAGAUCACCAAGCUCGGGCGGUCGAUCUCGAGGUCCCGGGACUACGACGCCAUGGGGCCCCAAACGAAAUUCGUGCAGUGCCCCGACGGGGAGCUGCAGAAGAGGAAGGAGAUCGUGCAUUGUGUCACUCUUCACGAAAUUGAUGUCAUCAACAGCAGGACUCAGGGCUUUCUGGCACUCUUCACAGGGGACACGGGUGAAAUCCGGUCAGAAGUUCGAGAACAAAUCGACACAAAAGUUGCGGAGUGGAGGGAAGAAGGGAAAGCCGAAAUAGUCCCCGGUGUCCUUUUCAUCGACGAAGUCCACAUGCUGGACAUCGAGUGCUUCUCCUUCCUCAAUCGUGCGCUGGAGAAUGACAUGGCACCCAUACUCGUCGUUGCAACGAAUCGAGGAAUAACUUCCAUCCGGGGCACAAACUACAGGUCUCCACAUGGCAUCCCAAUCGAUUUCCUCGACCGCCUAUUGAUCAUCUCGACGCAGCCGUACACGCCGGACGACAUCCGGAAGAUUCUAGACAUCAGAUGCCAGGAGGAGGACGUGGAGAUGUCGGACGAUGCCAAAGUCCUGCUGACAAAGAUUGGCGAAGACACGUCGUUGAGGUACGCAAUAAACCUUAUAACCUCGGCUGCAUUGGCCUGCCAGAAACGGAAGGGGAAGAUUGUCAAGAUGGAAGAUGUGAGUCGGGUUUAUGAACUGUUCUAUGAUGUGAAACGGUCGACUCAGUACUUGAUGGAGUAUCAGAGCCUGUAUAUGUUCAGUGAAGUUAUCGAUGGCGGCGAGGGCGAUGGGGAAGAAGAUGAAGGCAAUGGCAUGGUAUCGUAGAGUGAUUAACCGAGUUUUAUAAUACUUAAAAGAUACAUCAAAAAAUUAGUUUUGAUCUUAAAAACUUAUUUUCAAUUUCAAUGUAUAAGUGUUUACCUUUUCAAA